UAAAAUUAAGUGUUAUUACUAUUGUUGGGUUAUGUAUAAAUACCAUUACAAAAUAAAAUUACGUAACUAUCAUAAUGUAAAGACUACAAGGUGUUCUAUAGCGCACAUUGGCUCUUGAGAGAUGCGUAGAAGGAGUCGAAAAUGAGCCCUCGGGAAGAACACACCUUGUAGUCUUUACAUCAUGUUAAUGUUUUGAAAUAUUUUUCAACGGAAAACAGCAAGCGAAUAUCUCGACUAAAGCUUUGCAAAUCUUAAAUUUUCACUAAUUGUCCCUAAGCUGAUUCAUAAUCAAUAAUUAACGGAGAAGUUUUGAACGCGGAGCUGUUACUGACAAUCUAGAAUUGAUUUAAACGCGAACGAAAAUUUUGAAGGAUCGCAUGAAAUCUGUCCCAUAUCUGGUUCGGAUUACACUUUUGUAUCAAAACUACUUCGCUUUCAGAAUUUCAGUGAGCGUAGUCCGAAUUAUUAUUGUAGUAAUCAGAUCAUAAUCGAGUCUAUGUUUUGUGUCAAGUUUCUAACCACAGAACAUACCCUUUUGUUCUGUGUUUUUAACCAUAUAUGUAAUACAUAUAUGGUUUUAACAAAAUGUGAAUAUUUUUUUGUUGAUAAACUGUUGAUAUAUUGACAUUUCUAAUUGUUAAAAAAGUGAUAAUUAUAACAUUUGUUUUACUUAAUAAUUUCAAAUAAUAGAAAAAAUGGAAAGAUAACAGGUUAUAUACAAAGAAAUGGAUAUACAAAUGUUUAAAGAAGAAAUUGAUAUCCACGAUGAUUUUCUGUCGAAUAUCGAUAUAAACCAAGAAUCAAUUGAUGAAGUAUCCGCAAUAAAAAUUGAAAAUAUAAAUGUACAAAUAAAUGGAAUUCAUUCAAUCAAACAAGAAAUCAAUGAUGACUUGAAUACAAAUAAAAUAUUUGAUAACCAUGUGGAUGAAACUAAUAAAACACAAACGAAUGUUCUUAAUACAAGCAAAAUCAUGAGAAACAAAGGAUAUUUCAAAAUUGACCAUGGAAAGAGAACUAAAUCAAGAGUUACAGGACUGAUAAGAGAUGACAAAUAUAUCCAACCAAAUUUUAGGGGGUUUAUGAUAUGUGUAUAUUGUGGGAAAUUAUACACGAAACAAGUAGAAUUGUUAUACCACUUAACAAUAAACCAUUGUAUGAAAGGAAAAAAAUUUUAUAAGAUGCACAAUGAAAAUAAAAGUGAUACUUGCAUUACGGGUAAUGUUGAUAUAAAACAUGAAAUUGAAGUAGUUGAACAUGAAUUGAAAGUGGAGCUGCAGGAAACCAUGAAUCAGUUGGAUGUUACUGAUAAUUUAAACACAUUUGUACAUGAGGGUUCAAAACCAUCUGUAAAAGGAGCUAAUUCAAAUAUGCCAUUGAAUACUUACAUUGGAGCCAAAUCAUUCAGAUGUGAUAUUUGUAUGAAAUUAUUCACAUAUAAAAACUGUUUGAACAAACAUAUGAUUAUGCACACAGAAGAGAAACUAUUCAAAUGUAACAUUUGUCUCAAAACUUUUUCACGGAAAAGUGGUUUGAAGAUACAUUUGCAAAGACAUACAGGAGAAAAGCAAUUUAAAUGUGACAUUUGCAUGAAAUAUUUUAUAAACAAAAGUAGCUUGAAAAUACAUUCACGAAGUCAUACAGGUGAAAAGCCAUUCAAAUGUGAAGUUUGUUUAAAAACUUUUUCUCAUAUAAGUAAUUUGAAAACUCAUUUACGAACUCAUACAGGAGAAAUGCCAUUCAAAUGUGACAUUUGUAUGAAAUAUUUUUCACAUAAAAAUAGUUUGAAUAUACAUUUACAAAGUCAUACGGGUGAAAAGCCAUUCAAAUGUGACAUUUGUUUCAAAACUUUUUCACAGAGAAGUAAUUUGAAAAUACAUUUACGAACUCACACACGAAAAAAGACGUUCAAAUGUGACAUUUGUAUGAAAUAUUUUUCACGUAAAGGUAGUUUGAAUAUACAUUUAAAAAGUCAUAAAGGUGAAAAGCCAUUCAAAUGUGACAUUUGUUUUAAAUCUUUUUCGCAGACAUGUAUUUUGAAUACUCAUUUACGUAGUCAUACAGGAAAAAAGCUAUUGAAAUGUGACAUUUGUUUGAAAUCUUUCUCAAAAAAAAGUAUUUUAAAUUCACAUUUGAAUAUUCACGCAGAAGAAAAUCCAUAUAAAUGUGGCAUUUGUAUGAAAUCAUUCACACAUAAAAUUAGUUUGAUUAUACAUUUUCAAAUUCAUACAGAAGACAAAUACGGAAAUACAAGAAUUAUUAACGAAGAAAUGAAUCUCCAAAGUGUUAAAGAAGAAAUUGAUACAUAUGAUGAUUUUCUGUCUAAGAUCGAUGUAAAACAAGAAGUAAUUAAUGAAGUAUCUGCAAUGAAAAUUCAAAAUACAAAUGGAAUUCAUUCAAUCAAACAAGAAAGCAACAAUGUCUUGAAUACAACUAAAAUAUUUGAUAACAAUGUGGAUGUUACUAAUAAAACAAAAGGGAAAAUUCUCAGUACUCACAUUAUACUAAACAAACCGGGAUAUUCAAAAGUUGCCCUUAGAAAAAGAAUCAAAUCAAAAGUUACAGGACUGAUAGAUGGCAAAUAUAUGGAACCAAAUGCUGUGGGGUUAAUGAUAUGUGUAUAUUGUGGGAAUUUAUACACGAAACAAUUAGAAUUGUUAUGGCACUUAGCAAUGAAUCAUUGCAUAAAAGUAAAAAAUUUUUAUAAGAUGAAAAUUCACCAUAAAAGUAAAAGUGAUACAUUUAUUAUGGAAAAUAUUGAUAUAAAAGAUGAAAUUGAAGUAGUUGAACAUGAACUGAAAGUAGAACUGCAGGAUACCACAAACCAGUUGGAUCAAUCAAUUCAAACUAAUAAAAAUACGCAUUUACAUAGUUACACUACAACAAAACCAUUCAAAUGUGACAUUUGUAGCAAACCAUUCUCUUAUAAAAGUAAUUUAAAUAUACAUAUGCAUAGUCACACAGAAGAAAAGCCAUUUAAAUGUGAUAUUUGUUACAAAACUUUUACACAAUUAAGUUAUUUGAAGACACAUUUGCGUAGUCAUACAGGGGAGAAGCCUUUCAAAUGUGACAUUUGUGGGAAACUAUUCUCUUAUAAAUGUAAUUUAAAUAUACAUAUUCAUAGUCAUACAGAAGAAAAGCUAUUUAAGUGUGAUAUUUGUUACAAAACUUUUUCACAGUCAAGUUAUUUGAAAACACAUUCUCGUAUGCAUACAGGAGAAAAGCCAUUCGAAUGUGACAUUUGUUUGAAAACUUUUUCAGAUAGAAGUAAUUUGAAGAGACAUUUGCGAAUUCAUACAGGAGAAAGGCCAUUCAAAUGUGACAUUUGUCUGAAAACUUUUUUAGAUAAAAGUCAUUUGAAGAUACAUUUGCAAAGUCAUACAGGAGAAAAGCCAUUCAAAUGUGACAUUUGUUUAAAAACUUUUCUAAAUACAAGUAAUUUAAAGACACAUUUGAGUAUCCAUACAGGAGAGAAGCCAUUCAAAUGUGACAUUUGUUUGAAAACUUUUUUACGUACAAUUGAUUUGAAGACACAUUUACGAAGUCAUACAGGAGAAAAGCCAUUCGAAUGUAACUUAUGUUUGAAUACUUUUUCACACAUGAGUAAUUUAAAGAGACAUUUGCGUAUCCAUACAGGAGAAAAGCCAUUCAAAUGUGGCAUUUGUUCAAAAACUUUUUCAGAUAGAAGUAAUUUGAACCAACAUUCACUUAGUCACACAGGAAAAAAUCCAUUUAAAUGUGAAACUUGUUUUAAAACUUUUUUACAGUUCAGUGAUUUCCAGACACAUUUGUGUAUUCAUACAGAAGAAAAGCUAAUUAUUAAUAAAGAAAUGGAUAUCCAUAAUGUUAAGAAAGAAGUGGAUGUCCACGAUGAUAUAGAUUCAAAACAAGGAUUAAUUAACGAAGUAUUUUCACUAAAUAUUCAAAAUAUAAAUGAACAAAUGAAUGGAAUUCAUUCAAUCAAACAAGAAAUCAACGAUGACUUGAAUACAAAUAAAAUAUUUGAUAACCAUGUGGAUGCAACUAAUAAAACAAAAAGGAACAUUCUCAGUAAACAUAUAAGAAACAAACUAGGAUAUUCAAAAGUUAACCAAGGAAGGCUAUCUAAAUUAAUAGUUACAGGACUGAUUAAAAAUUGGAAAUAUAUUCAACCAAAUACUAUGGGGUUAAAGAUAUGUUUAUACUGUGGGAAUUUAUACACAAAACAAGAAGAAUUGUUAUGGCACUUAGAAAUGAAUCAUUGUAUAAAAGUAAACAAUUUUUAUAAGAUGAAAAUCCACCAUAAAAGUAAAAGUGAUACAUUUAUUAUGGAAAAUAUUGAUAUAAAAGAUGAAAUUGAAGUAGUUGAACAUAAAUUGAAAGUUGAGUUGCAGGACACAAGAAAUAAGUUGAAUGAGGAAAAAGAAAUUGAUAUCUAUAAUAUUAAGGAAGAAGUGGUUGACCACGAUGCCAUUCUACCGAAUAUUGAUAUAAAACAUGACUUAAUUGACGAAGUAUCUAUGCUAAAAACUCAAAAGAUAAAUGAACCAAUGGAUGGAAUUUAUUCAGUCAAAAAAGAAUUAAAUUAUGACUCAAAUACUGCUAAAAUAUUUGAUAAUCAUGUGGGUACAUCUAUUAAAGCAAAAAAAAACAUUCCUGAUACACCUAAGAUGAAACUUGGAUACGGAAAGCGAACUAAAUCAAAAGGACUAAUGAGAAAUGGGAUAAAUGUUCAACCAAAUCCUAUGGGGUUAGUGAUAUGUGUAUAUUGUGGUAAUUUAUUCACAAAACAAGUAGAAUUGUUACAUCACUUGGAGAUGAAUCAUUAUAUAAAAUACAACAAAUUCCAUAAGAUUCACCGCAAUAGUAAAAAUAAUACUUACCUUAUAGCAAAUCUUAAUAUAAAAGAUGAAAUUGAAAUAGUUGAUCAUGAAUUGAAAGUGGAGUUUCAAGAAACAACACAUCAGUUGGAUGUGACUGAUAAUUUAACUGGUUCAAAAUCGUUUGUAGAGGAGAAAAGUGAUACAAAUAAACAGUUGCAUAUUCACAUAGGAUCAGAGCCAUUUUAUUGUGUUAUUUGUUUGAGAACUUUUACACGUAGAAGUAGUUUAGGCAGACAUUUUCGUAUUCACGUCAAAGAAAAACGAUUCAAAUGUGAAUCUAAUGAAACUGUUCAUAAAAUGAAUUUGAAUAAGUAUUUGCCGGUGAGGGAAAAGCCAUUCCAAUGUGAAAUUUGUUUGAAACCAUUUUCCCUAAUGACAAAAACCGAAAUAAAGCAACAAGUUAUUAACAAAAAAAUGGAUCUUCAAAAUGUUAAAGAAGAAAUGGAUAUCUUUAAUGUUAAGGAAGAAGUGGAUGACCACGGUGAUUUUCUAUCGGAUAUCUAUAUAAAACAAGACUUAAUUGACGAAGUAUCUAUACUAAAAAAUCAUAAUAUAAAUGAAAAAAUGGAUGGAAUUUAUUUAAUCAAAAAAGAAAUAAAUGAUGACUUAAAUAUUACCAAAAUAUAUGAUAAUCAUCUGGGUACAUCCAACAAAACAAAAAGAAACAUUCCCGAUACACAUAACGUAAAACUUGGAUAUUUAACAUUAGGGAAGCGAACUAAAUUAAAAGUUACAGGGUCAAUAAGAAAUAGGAAAUAUAUUCAUCCGAAUGCUAUGGGGUUUAUAAUAUGUGUAUAUUGUGGGAAUUUAUACACGAAACAAAUAGAAUUGUUAUGGCACUUAGCAAUGAAUCAUUAUAUGAAACAAAAAAAAUUUUAUAAGAUUCACCAUAAAAGUAAAAGCAUUAAGGGAAAUCUUGAUAUAAAAGAUGAAAUUGAAGUUAUUGAACAUGAAUUGAAAGUGGAGUUGCAGGAAACAACGCUUCAGUUGGAAGAUGCUGAUAAUUUAAACUCAUAUGUACAUGGUGGUUCAAAAUUAUUUGGCGAAGGAAGUAAUAAUAUACAAUCAUAUACCAAAACGAAGACAAAACCAUUCAAAUGUGAUAUUUGUUUGAAAACUUUUUCACAGAUAAGUAAUUUGAAUACACAUUUGCGUAGUCAUACAGGAGAAAAACCAUUCAAAUGUGACAUUUGUUCAAAAACCUUUUCACAGAAAAGUGGUUUGAAGACACAUUCGCGUAGUCAUACUGGAGAAAAGCCAUUCAAAUGUGACAUGUGUUUGAAGAGCUUUACACAGAAAAGUGGUUUGAAGACACAUUUGCGUAGUCAUACAGGGGAAAGGCCUUUCAAAUGUGACAUUUGUUUGAAAAAUUUUUCACAAAAAAGUGGUUUGAGGACACAUUUGCGUAGCCAUACAGGAGAAAGGCCAUUCAAAUGUAAUAUUUGUUCAAAAACUUUUUUAUAUCCAAGUAAUUUGGAGGCGCAUUUGCGAAGUCAUACAGGAGAAAGGCCAUUCGAGUGUAAUAUUUGUUUGAAAACUUUUUCAUAUAUAAGUAAUUUGAAGACACAUGUGUGUAAUACUACAGGUGAAAAGCCAUUCAAAUGUGAUAUUUGCUUUAAAAAAUUUUCAAAUGAAAGUUUUUUGAAGAGACAUAUGCAUAUUCACAUAGACCCACAUAUAAAUAAAGGUUCAAAUUUAUUUGCAGAAGGAAGUAAUUCAAAUACUUACGAAAGGACAAAACAAUUCAAAUGUGACGUUUGUAUGAAACAAUUCUCUUAUAAAAGUAAUUUUUAUAUACAUUUGCGUAAACACACAGGGGAAAAGCCAUUCGAAUGUGACAUCUGUUUGAAAACGUUUUCACAGAGAAGUAAUUUGAAAAGGCAUUUGCAUACUCAUACAGGAGAAAAGCCAUUCUAAUACGAUAUAUAUAUAUAUAUAUAUAUAUAUAUAUAUAUAUAUAUAUAUAUAUAUAUGAGAACUUUUUCACAAACGAGUGGUUUGAGGAAAUGUCCAACGAAACCAGUUGUAACAAUGUUUAAACAAAAGGUUUCUGGUCGAAUAAUGAAAAAAGAAAGAAUCACGUUGAUGGUGUGUGCAAAUGGUGCUGGAAAUCAUUGUGGAUCUGCUUUCAAAUCUUGCUUAACAAUUUCAACUUAAUCUUUUACACUAUAAAUGUCUUCAAUUUCAUGCAGCUCUUCUUUCAAGUCAUGAUUAACUAUUUCAAUUUCAUCUUUUACAAUUGCAGUAAGGUCAGAGGAAAUUUUAUUAAGCGAAACCAUUCUGUUGAUUUGUUUUUCCUGGCUAGGAAAAAAGUGAAUUAAUUCCUAGAACAUAAUAUAAUGUUACAAAUAAUUUUCGAAAACCACAAAUAUAGGAUAAAUUUUUAAGUUUCUAAUAAUAUUUUCUUCUCCCCUUUCUUUCACCUUUUUAGCAUUUCUUUACCUAAC